AUGCUCGAGGUCGGCAGUUGGGGAGGAUGGCGCAACAACAACAGGUCGCUCUUGAGCGACUGGAACACAUCACGCGAGGACUACGGUCUCGACCUGAAUCAGGAACAGUUCCUCGGAUUCUACAACGCAGUAAACAAUAAAAUCACCCAACUCAUCACACAUGGAAGCGACUCGGCCGAGCGCCUGGGUGGCAUUUAUGCCCUCGACGCCCUGGUGGACUUUGAGGGCGUCGACGUGGCGAUGAAAUACACGCGGUUCACACAAAACCUCAAAACCAUUCUUCGGGGAAAGGACAUAAACCCUAUGCAACCUGCUGCCGUUGCACUGGGAAAGCUCUGCCGUCCCGGUGGAUCUCUGAUUUCCGAACUCGUCGAAUCCGAGGUGAACACAGCACUCGAAUGGCUGCAAAACGACCGGGUGGAGGAACGAAGAUAUAGCGCCGUUUUGGUGCUGCGGGAGCUCGCCAGAAAUGCCCCGACCUUGAUGUAUCAGUACAUCCCGACCAUCUUCGAUUGGAUCUGGAUCGGUCUGCGAGACGCUCGCAAGCUCAUUCGCACAACCUCCGCCGAAACUGUCAGCGCCUGUUUCCGCAUCAUUCGAGAGCGAGACCAAGAAAUGCGGCAACUGUGGAUGGGAAAGAUAUUCGGCGAAGCGCGGGCUGGCCUGAAAGUUAACACCGUCGAGUCCAUCCACGCCUCGCUGCUUGUUCUGAAGGAGCUGCUCGAGCAAGGAGGCAUGUAUAUGCAGGAGCAUUACCAAGAAGCUUGCGACAUUGUCUUCAAGCACAAGGACCACCGAGAUCCGAGCAUCAGGAACACUGUCGUCCUGCUCAUUCCAGACCUGGCGAGCUAUUCACCCGCCGACUUUGCCCACACCUGGUUGCACAAGUUCAUGGUCUAUUUGUCCGGCAUGCUCAAGAAAGACAAGGAGCGCAACGACGCCUUCCUUGCUAUCGGCAACAUCGCCAAUUCCGUCAAGAGCGCCAUCGCCCCGUACCUUGAUGGCGUUCUCAUCUACGUGAGGGAAGGUCUCAGUGUCCAAUCUCGAAAGCGAGGCUCGGUGGAUCCGGUGUUCGACUGCAUCAGCCGCCUGGCAGUCGCCGUCGGUCAAACUCUGAGCAAAUACAUGGAGGCUCUUUUGGACCCCAUCUUCGCCUGCGACUUGACGCCAAAGUUGACCCAAGCGUUGGUGGACAUGGCAUUCUACAUCCCGCCAGUGAAGCCGACAAUUCAGGAGCGACUGCUUGACAUGCUCAGCGUCGUCCUUUGCGGCGAGCCAUUCAAGCCGCUCGGAGCGCCACAGCCGAAUACACUCACCUCGGUGCCGACAAUUGCAAAGGACGCCAAGGAUCCCCAGGCCUACGAGAACCGGCGCUCAGAAGUCAAGCUCGCCUUGAACACGCUCGGCAGCUUUGACUUCUCCGGACACAUCCUCAACGAAUUCGUGCGAGACGUUGCGAUCAAGUACGUCGAGGACGAGGAUCCGGAGAUCAGAGAAGCAGCGGCUCUCACUUGCUGUCAGCUUUACGUCAGGGAUCCUAUCGUAAACCAGACGAGCUACCAUGCCCUGCAGGUUGUGGGCGACGUGAUAGAGAAGUUGCUCACCGUCGGAGUCUCGGAUCCGGAACCAACCAUACGAAGGACAGUUCUGGCAGCUCUGGACGAGCGGUUUGACCGGCAUCUUGCCAAGGCAGAGAACAUUCGAAUACUGUUCUUCGCCCUCAACGACGAGAUCUUCUCCAUUCGGGAGGUAGCGAUCUCGAUCAUAGGCCGACUUGCCCGCUACAAUCCGGCAUAUGUCAUUCCGUCACUGCGAAAGACGCUCAUCCAGAUGCUUACGGAGCUCGAGUUUUCCGACGUCGCUCGCAACAAGGAGGAAAGCGCGAAGUUAUUGACGCUCCUCGUACAAAAUGCGCAGAACCUCAUCAAGCCAUACGUGGAGCCAAUGAUCUCUGUCCUGCUGCCAAAGGCCAGCGAUCCGUUACCAUCUGUUGCUGCAACGAUUCUGAAGGCGAUCGGAGAGCUCGCCACGGUUGGCGGCGAAGACAUGCUUCCCUACAAGGAUCGACUCAUGCCUCUCAUCUUGGAUGCUUUGCAGGAUCAGAGCUCCAACAUGAAGCGUGAGGCCGCGCUCAAUGCCCUCGGACAGCUGGCAAGCAACUCCGGAUACGUGAUCAAGCCGUAUCUCGAAUACCCACAGCUCCUUGAAAUCCUUCAAGGCAUCAUCCGCACCGAAGGACAGCGAGGGCCCCUUCGGCAGGAAACGAUCAAGCUGAUGGGUAUCCUGGGCGCGCUGGACCCGUACAAACACCAGCAAGUCGAGGAGCAAACGCCAGAGUUGCAGAGACGGGUCGAGUCCAACCAGAUGACCGACAUCUCUCUUAUGAUGACUGGAUUGACACCCUCUAACAAAGAGUACUUCCCAACGGUCGUCAUCAACGCUCUUCUGCAGAUUCUCAAGGACCAUUCCUUGGCACAGCACCACGCCGCAGUGAUCGAAGCUAUCAUGAACAUCUUCAGAACGCUGGGCCUUGAGUGUGUAUCAUUUCUGGACCGCAUUGUUCCAGCAUUCCUGCUUGUCAUCCGAUCCUCUGCGUCGACGCGUCUGGAAUCUUACUUCAACCAGCUAGCAACGCUGGUCAGCAUCGUGCGGCAGCACAUCAGGAACUAUUUGCCAGAGAUCAUCGAAAUUCUCCAAGAGUACUGGCACAAGUCUACGUCACUGCAGACCACGAUCCUGUCGCUCGUGGAGGCCAUUUCGCGCUCUUUGGAGGGCGAAUUCAAGAUCUACCUGGCCGGCAUACUGCCGCUCAUGCUCGGCGUGCUCCAUAAGGACUCGUCAGCCAAAAGAAUACCCUCCGAGCGCGUUCUUCACGCAUUUCUCGUGUUCGGCGCCAGUGCAGAGGAGUAUAUGCAUCUCAUCAUACCCGUCAUUGUGCGCACUUUCGAGAAGCAGGGUCAGCCCACGUUCAUUCGAAAGCAUGCCAUCGAUACCAUCGGCAAGAUUUCGCGCCAGGUCAAUCUGAACGACUACGCCGCCAAAAUCAUCCACCCGCUCACACGCGUGCUGGAUGUUGGUGAACCCACGCUUCGAACUGCCGCUCUAGACACCCUUUGCGCCCUGAUACAGCAACUGGGCAAGGACUACUUGCACUUCAUGGGUACUGUCAACAAAGUCAUUACCCAACAUCAGAUUCAGCAUUCGAAUUACGAAUUGCUGGUCAGCAAGCUGCAGAAGGGAGAGGUGCUCCCACAAGAUCUGAGUUCGGAAUCUCGGUUCGCUGAUCUGUUGGAUGACACGCCGUUGGCCGAUCUGGGCACUAAGAAGCUCGAGAUGAAUGCCAUCCACCUCAAAGCGGCGUGGGACACCCGCGGCAAGUCGACAAAAGAAGACUGGCAAGAAUGGCUGCGAAGAUUCAGCACCACCCUUUUGACCGAGUCGCCAAAUCACGCGCUCCGUGCGUGUGCGAGCUUGGCCAGUGUCUACCUACCCUUGGCCAGGGAGUUGUUCAACUCGGCGUUUGUUUCGUGCUGGAGCGAGCUAUACGAGCAGUUCCAAGACGAACUCAUCCAGAAUAUUGAGAGUGCCAUCAAAUCGGAGAAUGUUCCACCCGAUCUGCUCGGCUUGCUGCUCAACCUCGCUGAGUUCAUGGAGCACGAUGACAAAGCCCUGCCCAUUGACAUUCGUGUCCUUGGUCGUGAGGCCGCCAGAUGCCAUGCUUAUGCCAAGGCACUGCAUUACAAGGAGCUCGAGUUUCUGCAAGACCAAAGCAGCGGGGCGGUCGAAGCCCUUAUUGUUAUUAACAAUCAGCUGCAGCAAUCCGACGCCGCCAUUGGUAUCUUGCGCAAAGCUCAGCUGUACAAGGAGGGCAUUCAACUUCGCGAGACUUGGUUUGAGAAGCUCGAAAGAUGGGAGGAAGCUCUCUCAUUCUACAACAAGCGUGAACGGGAGGUACCAGACGACCAACCUGUACCCAUCGACAUUGUCAUGGGUAAGAUGCGCUGUCUGCACGCACUGGGCGAAUGGGAUGCACUCGCAAACCUCACGAGCAGCACCUGGUCCAACUCGGCCCCUGAAGUUCAGCGAAUGAUCGCACCCCUAGCAACGGCCGCUGCAUGGGGUCAAGGCAAAUGGGAUUCGAUGGACAACUACUUGUCAUCGCUCAAGCGAAACUCGCCUGACCGGUCGUUCUUCGGAGCCAUCCUCGCUCUUCACAGAAACCAGUUCCGCGAGGCAGUGGCUUGUAUCGAGCAAGCUCGCGAGGGUCUAGACACAGAGCUCAGCGCCCUCGUCAGCGAAUCGUACAAUCGCGCCUACCAAGUCGUGGUCCGCGUCCAGAUGUUGGCCGAGCUGGAAGAACUCAUUGUUUACAAACAAUGUGAUGAGAAGAAGCAGGCUACGAUGCGCAAGACAUGGGAAACGCGACUUCAAGGUUGCCAGCGCAACGUGGAGGUUUGGCACCGCAUGCUUCGACUGAGAGCGCUUGUCAUCUCCCCUGCGGAGAAUAUGCGCAUGUGGAUCAAAUUUGCCAACUUGUGUCGCAAGUCAGGCCGCAUGGGCCUGGCUGAAAAGUCUCUCAAGCAACUUAUCGGCUCUGAGGCUCCGUUGGAGAGUAUGAUCCCGUACUGGAGCGAGAGCAAGAACGAGCGGUCGAACUCGGCGCCCGCUCGAAGUCCUCCGGCACAAGUCAUUUACGCCAUGCUCAAGUACGAGUGGGAAUUGGGCCAGCAACCCAUCGGCCGACGAGAGGGUAUCGCAGAGCGGACACUGUAUUGCCUGCAGCGAUUCACCAACGACACGGCGCACCGGCUUGACGUCGCCAAGGCGCAUCUCACUGCCCAGGCGGGUAGUGACAUCAAUAUUCCCACAGAAUACGGUUUCCCCAACCAGAUGGACCAGUCCGUCAUGAGCCCACAGACUCAACGCGCAUUGUACGACCAGACCGUGCUCCUCGCGAAGUGCUACCUCCGGCAGGGCGAGUGGCAAAUCGCGCUGGACAAGGACAACUGGCAAUAUACCAAAGUCCAAGAGAUCUUGACAUCGUACUCUCAAGCGACAAAGUACAACCCGCGCUGGUACAAAGCCUGGCACGCGUGGGCCUUGGCCAACUUUGAAAUCGUUCAGACGCUGUCAGCAAGGAACGAGGGUCAGCUGUCUCGCGCAGAUCAGGCCAUGAUCAUCGAGCAUGUUGUUCCGUCUAUCCAAGGCUUCUUCAAGUCGAUAGCAUUGUCCGCGGGAAGCUCUCUUCAGGACACCCUACGGCUCUUAACGCUGUGGUUCACUCAUGGCGGAAGCUCAGAGGUCAACUCAGCGGUCAUGGAGGGCGUGGCCAACGUCAGCAUUGACACCUGGCUGGAGGUCAUUCCACAGCUCAUUGCCCGCAUCAACCAGCCACACAAGCGAGUUCAGCAGUCUGUGCAAAACUUGCUGGCUGACGUUGGCAGAACACACCCUCAAGCACUGGUUUAUCCCCUGACCGUGGCCAUGAAAUCCUGGCAAAACACGCGUCGGUCGAGAUCAGCUGCACAGAUUAUGGACAGCAUGCGCCAGCACAGCGCGAACCUAGUCGCGCAGGCCGAUACCGUGAGCCACGAGCUUAUCCGUGUAGCCGUGCUUUGGCAUGAGCUCUGGCAUGAGGGCUUGGAAGAAGCGUCGCGUCUCUACUUUGGCGACCACAACAUCGAAGGCAUGUUUGCAACCCUGGAGCCGCUCCACGAUUUGCUGGAGCGUGGCCCAGAGACGUUGCGAGAAAUAUCGUUCGCCCAAGCUUUCGGUCGGGACCUCAAGGAAGCACAGGAGUGGUGCCACCAAUACGAAUCGACCAAGGACGUGAACGACCUGAACCAGGCAUGGGAUCUUUAUUACCAGGUCUUCCGGCGCAUCUCCAGGCAGCUGCCGCAAGUGACGACCCUCGAGCUCACAUACUGCUCGCCCAAGUUGCUCGCCGCCAAGAACCUCGACCUGGCCGUGCCUGGCACCUACAAGAGUGGACAGCCUAUUGUCAGGAUUAUGUCCUUCGACUCGACCUUUAGUGUCAUCAACUCAAAGCAGCGACCGAGAAAGCUGAAUGCCAAUGGAAGCGACGGCGUGUCGUACUCGUUCUUGCUCAAGGGCCAUGAGGACAUUCGUCAGGACGAGCGAGUCAUGCAACUGUUUGGUUUGUGCAACACGCUGCUCGCCAACGACUCCGAGUGUUAUAAGCGCCAUCUCAACAUCCAACGCUACCCAGCGAUUCCGCUGUCGCAGAACUCUGGCCUCUUUGGCUGGGUCCCCAACAGCGAUACGCUACAUGUGUUGAUCCGGGAGUAUCGCGAGAGCCGCAAAAUCUUGCUCAACAUUGAGCACCGCAUCAUGCUGCAGAUGGCGCCUGACUACGAUAACCUGACGCUCAUGCAAAAGGUUGAGGUGUUUGGGUAUGCUCUCGACAACACCACUGGGCAAGAUCUUUACCGGGUCCUGUGGCUCAAGUCCAAGUCGUCGGAAGCGUGGCUCGAGCGCCGCACCAACUACACUCGGUCCUUGGGCGUCAUGUCAAUGGUGGGCUACAUCCUUGGCCUGGGUGACAGACACCCGUCGAACUUGAUGCUUGACCGGAUCACCGGCAAGAUCAUCCACAUCGACUUCGGUGACUGCUUCGAGGUGGCAAUGAAGCGCGAAAAGUACCCCGAGCGCGUGCCCUUCCGCCUCACUCGCAUGUUGACCUACGCCAUGGAGGUUAGCAACAUCGAAGGCAGCUUCAGAAUCACUUGCGAGCAUGUUAUGAGGGUGCUUCGAGAAAACAAGGAGAGCGUAAUGGCGGUCCUGGAAGCGUUCAUUCACGAUCCUCUUCUCACGUGGCGUCUGACCAGCGCAGCUUCGCCGACCGGUCCCAACUUUCAGAGCGAGCGCGAGGUGGCACUCGCCGGCCCAGCCGCAGCCCGUGCUCGGCGACACUCCAUCUUGGACUCGGAUGUGGCACCAUCGGAGAUGCUCGCCAAUGGCGAACCGGGUGGUCCGCCCGUGGCUCGCACCAGGGCGCGUACCAACAGCUCUGCUGCUCACGACGGCAAUAUGGUCAACGGAGCGCAGGAAACCGAGAGCCAGAACGCUAGAGCCGUCGAGGUGCUUGACCGGGUUCAGCAGAAGCUGACUGGUCGUGACUUCAAGGCCAACGAAGAGCUUGACGUCAUCAACCAAGUCAACAAGCUGAUCGUUGAGGCCACCAAGCUGGAGAACCUGUGCCAGCACUACAUAGGGUGGUGCAGCUUCUGGUGA